AUGGGCUGCGACGGCCGCGUGUUGGGACUGCUCCGCUGCAACCUGCAGCCCACGCUCACCUACUGGAGCGUCUUCUUCAGCUUCGGCCUGUGCAUCGGCUUCCUGGGGCCCACGCUGCUGGACCUGCGCUGCCAGACGCACAGCUCGCUGCCCCAGAUCUCCUGGGUCUUCUUCUCGCAGCAGCUCUGCCUCCUGUUGGGCAGCGCCCUCGGGGGCGUCUUCAAAAGGACGCUGGCCCAGUCGCUAUGGGCCCUCUUCACCUCUUCUCUGGCCAUCUCGCUAGUGUUUGCCGUCAUCCCCUUAUGCCGCGACGUGAAGGUGCUGGCCUUGGUCAUGGCGCUGGCGGGCCUGGCCAUGGGCUGCAUCGACACGGUGGCCAACAUGCAGCUGGUGAGGAUCUACCAGAAGGACUCGGCUGUCUUCCUCCAGGUGCUCCAUUUCUUUGUGGGUUUCGGAGCUCUGCUGAGCCCCCUGAUCGCCGACCCCUUCCUCUCUGAGGCUGACUGCUCACCUGCCAACGGCACAGCCAACACCACCUCCGGCAGUCACCUGUUCCACGCCCACCGGGUCCUGGGCCAGCACCAUCCUGACGUCCUGCCUCAGACCAACCAGACACCCCCCGGGCUUCCCCCACAGGACGGGGCGGGGACCCGCGUGUCCUCUGCCUUCUGGAUCAUGGCCCUGAUCAAUCUCCCAGUGCCCGUGGCUGUGCUGCUUCUGCUGUCCAAGGAGCGGUUGCUGACCUGCUGCAUCCAGAGGAGUCCCCUGCUCCUGUCUGCAGACGAGCUCGCCCUGGAGACGCAGCCUCCGCAGAGGGAAGACCCCUCCUCACUGCCCGCAAAGCUUCAGCCAGACCCAGGGCAUGAGAACCUGUUCAGCUGCUGCCAGAGGAAGAACUGCAGAGGGGCCCCUUAUUCCUUCUUCGCCAUCCACAUCACAGCCGCCCUGGUCCUGUUCAUGACAGAUGGCAUGACGGGGAUGUAUUCUGCCUUUGUGUACAGCUAUGCAGUAGAGAAACCACUGUCUGUGGGACACAAGGUGGCUGGUUACCUCCCUAGCCUCUUCUGGGGCUUCAUCACCCUUGGCCGGCUCUUCUCCAUUCCCAUCUCCUCACGAGUGAAGCCAGCCACCAUGGUUCUCAUUAAUGUGGUCGGCGUGGUGGGGACCUUCCUGGUGCUUCUCAUUUUCUCCUACAACGUCAUCUUCCUGUUUGUGGGGACAGCGAGUCUGGGGCUGUUCCUCAGUAGCACCUUUCCCAGCAUGCUAGCCUACACUGAGGACAUCCUUCAGUACAAAGGCUGUGCGACCACAGUGCUGGUGACGGGGGCGGCAAUCGGCGAGAUGGUCCUCCAGCUACUGGUUGGUUCGAUAUUCCAGGCUCAGGGCAGCUAUAGUUUCCUGGUCUGUGGCGUGAUCUUUGGUUGCUUGGCUUUUGCCUUCUAUAUCUUGCUCCUGUUUUUCCACAGGAUGCACCCUGGACUCUCAUCAGUUCCUACCCAGGACAAACCAUUUGGCAUGGAAAAUUCUGAGUGCUACCAGAGGUAAAACUGAUGGAGGAUGGAGGCAAGUGAAGACUUCCAGCCUUGAACACCAACAAGGACCAAACUGUUUAAGAAACUCGGGGU